UCUCAUCAGUCUCAUCCUUCAGACUUGUGAGCAGACGAGCAUCACAAACUUAUGAGGAGUGAACCCGGGAAGACCAUAAAUAAAAUCUCACCAACAACACAUCCAGCUGUACUCUCAUCCGCAUACUUUUCCAGCAUUUCAUCUUUGACUCAUCUUGAGAUUUUAUUCGUGCGGUUUUUCACUUAUGUCCCGCAAAUCCAGCGAUGACUAUCAUCUACGUAGUAUGAGCAAUCUUAUGAGUGAGAGGAGAAAGCGAGUGUCGGAUGAUGGAGAACGGAGUCUCAUCAAGGCUCCGUCCAGCGCCAGCAUCAGUAGCAGCGCGCACGCACCCGCCGCGCCCGUCGCGUCCCCAGCGCCGGCGGACCUGGAGCGGGCAGCGCGCAAACAGUUCCAGCAGGAUGUCACGCCGAGCUUCGUCUACGUCCUGGCCGUGUUCUCCGCGAUCGGCGGCUUUCUGUUUGGCUAUGACACCGGGGUUGUCUCCGGGGCGAUGCUUCUGCUUAAGAGGGAAAUGAACAUCACUGUCCUAUGGCAGGAGCUGCUUGUGUCCGGGACCGUGGCCGCGGCGGCGGUGUCCGCGCUGCUCGGCGGGUGUCUCAAUGGGUUGUUCGGGCGGCGGGUGUGCAUCCUUUUGGCCAGCUUCACCUUCUCCAUCGGAGGAAUUGUGUUGGGAUCUGCUCCUAAUAAAGAAGCGCUGCUGGUUGGACGACUCAUAGUUGGACUGGGGCUUGGUAUUGCAUCUAUGACUGUUCCUGUGUACAUCGCGGAAACCUCUCCGUCUCAUCUGAGAGGACGUCUGGUCACUAUCAACACACUGUUCAUCACAGCAGGCCAGUUUGUAGCGAGCCUUAUAGACGGAGCCUUCAGCUACAUGCAUCAUGGAGGCUGGAGGUAUAUGUUGGGUCUGUCGGUGGUUCCUGCAAUGCUACAGUUCCUAGGGUUCCUGUUUUUACCAGAGAGCCCUCGCUGGCUCAUCCAGAAGGGUCUUACCCAGAAGGCCCGGCGCGUUCUGAGCCAAAUCCGUGGAAACCAGAACAUCGACGAGGAGUAUGAUACUAUCAAAAGCAGCAUAGAGGAGGAGGAAAAGGACUGUGGCGAAGGGGGCCCGGUGAUCUGGCGCAUGUUGACCUACCCUCCAGCACGCCGUGCUCUCAUCGUGGGCUGUGGACUUCAGAUGUUCCAGCAGCUUUCCGGCAUCAACACGGUCAUGUAUUAUAGCGCAACCAUUCUGCAGAUGUCAGGAGUUCGAGAUGACAGGUUGGCCAUCUGGCUAGUGACUGUGACAGCAUUCACCAAUUUCCUCUUUACCCUGCUAGGUGUUUGGUUGGUUGAACGGGUGGGCAGACGCAGACUUACUUUAGGGAGCAUCUGCGGCACUGUUUUGAGUCUUUGCAUCCUGGCUGUCGGUUUCCUUCUGUCAGCUCAGCAUUCUCCACCUGUCACACUACAUCUGACAGACCCCACAACACCCAACUCCAGCUGCACAGCUCAUGUGUCUUGUGAACCAUGUAUGUUGGACCCUGGCUGUGGUUACUGUUAUCAGGAAAACAACACUGCUGUGUUUUCCUCCUCAUGUGUACCAGUCAAUCCGGCUUCAACUGAGAUAGCAGCGUGGGGCAGGUGCUCCAACAACACAUAUGUGGUGGAUAGUGCUAUGUGGGCUUAUAACUUUUGUCCAACCUCUUACUCAUGGGUUGUUCUACUGGGACUAGUGCUUUAUCUUGCUUGCUUUGCCCCAGGCAUGGGACCUAUGCCCUGGACCGUAAAUUCUGAAAUUUAUCCUCUGUGGGCCAGAAGCACAGGCAACGCUUGUUCAGCUGGGGUGAAUUGGACCUUUAAUGUGUUGGUGUCAGUAACGUUCCUCCACAUGGCCCAGUACCUGACUUACUACGGUGCAUUCUUCCUUUAUUCUUCUUUCGCCUUGAUCGGUUUCUUUUUUAUUUACGGCUGUCUCCCUGAGACUAAGGGCAGACGACUGGAGGAGAUCGAGUCGCUGUUUGAAAACCAGCUGUGCUCGUGCGGCAUCUCAGAUUCAGACGAGGAUCGGCAGGUUGAAUACAUCAGGGUCAAAGGGUCAAACUACCACCUGUCGGACAACGAUGUGUCAGAUGUUGAAUAACAAGUAGAAGGGGAUGAGAAGGUAUCGAUUGAACAGACUCGCUCAACCCUGAUCCGCCUGCUUUACUGAUCAGGUUGAGUCCCUCUCAUCCCGAUGUUCACUGAGAUGGUGAAAACAGGGUUGCAGAGCACACACAAACAAAAACAUGCAGUGCCAAGUCAGUUGUUAUAGUGUUGUCAGUGGUUUUGCAUUGCGGCACAUGCAGAUCUACUGGCAAAUUACUUCACCGUUAGAUUAAUAUCCUUUGCUUAUUUAUGUAUAAUAUAUGCAGAAGGAUGUUGUUUUUUUCUGAUGUAACGUUUAAUGCGAACACAAUGCAAAUUUUAUAUCUAAAAAUGACCUUAAAUUAAAAAUACUAACCUGAUCCAAUUGCUAAACAUCAACAAAAUAUAAUAUGACAAUGUCUAUAAAUGUCAUUUUCAUGUCUCGGUGGCCUACUCAUUUAAAUCUUUGCAAAUAUUGAGGCUUUGAAAACUUGUAGCAUACCACAUUGUUUGUUUGUAAUAUGGGAUCUGCCUUUGAUUGUCUAGUUUUAAAGUCUUAUUUUAGACUUUAAAACGUUAUUACUAGUAGGGCCUUCACUAAAAUGUUAUGUAGCUUUGAGCAGUUUCCUGUGAUAGUGUAGUGUGGCCUUACAAAAUAUGUUUACAAUCGCUUCAGUUUGUUUUAGUAUUGUUUGAGUCAUUUCCAAGUUUGCUUUUUUAUUUUUGUAUAAGUUUAUUUGUCUUCCUUAGCCUAGUGUACAAAAGCCAUUGCGUCAGUCUUGUCCAUGGAUAGGAUAACUGUUUUGACAAAUACCGUAAUAUUCAAUGUUCUGUUGUGAUACUAUGUAAGAAUACAGUGAACAAAUACACAUAAACAUGUGCCAAACUGACCUGAAAAUCUGUAUGUUGUGGCUUUAGCUUUAUCAAAAUCGAUAGCUAUUGUAAAAUCAAUUUAAAAGCACUCAUUUUAAGGUUUCAGUCUGUUUGGUGAUACAUAAUUGUGCACAU